AUGGCGAGACAAAUAGCUGUGCAGGAGUGCGGAGCGAGGCAGCCGCAGAUCGACCAGCAUCGCGCCACCGUGGACGGAGAGCAGUCGCGCGUCGUCGCCCUUCUCGACUCCCUGCUGUUCAUCAGCAGGUCCGAUGCGCCGAUGGGGAUGUGGGUGAAGCUUGUGCGUUACAUGGCGGAGAAGGGCGUGCCUGGCUUCCCGAAGAAGGGCUACGGCACCUACUACACCACGGAGGCACUCGCGGCCAAAACGGCUGCCGAGAAGGUUCCGGCGUUCAAUGUCAUUGACUCGGUGAUUCGCACCGUGGCAGAGCAUCUCGGCCGUUCGGGCCCCUGGCAUCAACGGUUUAUGGGGCUCCAGGAAGUCUUCGCAUCAACCUCUCUUGAGCUCCAGGGCAUUCAUUCCGUCCGGUGGCUUUCGCGGGGCGACGCAGUGCUCAGGCUUGUCGCGGUGCUUCCGGCACUCAUCGUGAUGCUUAAGGAGUGGGACGCUAACCUCUAUGCUUUGGUUACUAGUUACAGGUUCCAUUUCCUUCUCUUCUUCAUUGCUGACGUGCUGGAGCAGCUCAACAUCCUGAACCGGGUGUUCCAGCAAAAGGAGCUUGACUAUCCCGCCGUGCAUGCGCAGAUCAAGCGCACAACCUCCCACAUCGAGAGCCGCUACGUUGAUUGCGGCGACGACUUCGGUGGCGGGGUGAGCGAGCGGCUGUCCCCCUUCAUCGCGCGCCAUGGGCCAGGAGGAAACCGGGAGGUGAAAGUUGAAGGCGUUGACUCGGACGGCCGUCCAGCACGCUUCAAGUUCACGCUACAUGAGGACGAGCUGGAGGAGUUCGCAGGGCCCGGGAGCCAUGACGACUGCGUGGCACUCUGCACGGAGUUCGCGGAGGUGAUUGUUCACCAGCUCGAGCAUCGGCUAGGCGACCUGGAUGGGAUGUCCGGGGUGAAGCUGUUCCUGCCAGACGAGUACCCACUGGAUCGUGCCGAGAGGAAACGGCGGUGCCUUCAGUGGCUACAGUCGCUGGUCACCUUGUUCAAGGCCGACCUGACGGAGGAGAUUGUGCCAGGCCACACGCGUUGCACAACUACCAUGGAACCACCAAUUGCUUGCGCGCGAUUCUUAUUCCUCCUGUCCUUCGUCACCUGGCUGCUCUGCUUCGCCCAGGCGGCAGACCCACCGAAACCAGUUCCAGCAGGAAUCUACAUGAAAUUCAUGGUCUCCCCGCGCGCGGUCCUCCGCAAGGACAUCAACAAGGGCGGCGGCACUUGCGACUUUGAGGGGAGCUUCGACAUGAGCGGCCGAUUCGACCACGGGCGCACGCUGUACGUUCCCGAGAGCUUUUACGAGAAAGGCGCAGCUUGCGGAGCAUGCUUCACGGUCUCGUGCUCGAAUUCAAAGGAUUGUCAAGGCCCGAAUGGAACAACCAUGAACGUCACAGCGCGCGUUGUGGGGCUCGCGAGGUACACCACUCGCCUUCAGCUGUCGGACGUGUCGUGGGACGGGCUCGUCACGGACCGCAAGCGGCGCGACGUGGAGGUGCAGUUCAAGAAGGUGCCGUGCAACGCGACGAGCAGCAUUGCUGUGCGCGUCGUGAGCGGCUCCAAGAAGCACAAGUUUGGGAUACAGAUUCUCGGCGCUGGGGGGUUGGGCGUCGCGGGAGUUGAGAUAUCGAACGAUGGAAACAAGUGGGUGAGAAUGGAGCGGAAGGACGGGGCUGCCACGUGGAUGGUGAACAGCAAGGACGCCAAGGACGCAGCUAAGAACAUCGUGCGCAGUGGCAAACACAUGAGCGUACGCGUUACAGCAGCGACCUCGGGAGAGAAAGUUGUCCUCGAUAACAUCAUCCCCGCUGGAUGGACAGCCGCCCGCGUGUACAUGGCCAAGACGAACUUCCACGUUGCGGGUGCAAAGACGGCGUGGUCCCCCCUGCCAUCCGCAGUACUCAGCAAGGGCAGCGGCGUUGACAAGGCGAAAGUGGAGAGCGCGGUCGAAACGAUCAAGGCGGCGGUCAGCAAGGCAGGCACUGAGGUUUCCGCCGCAGCCAAGUCAGCGCUCGAGGCAUUGAAGGGCAUUGUGGCUAGUCUGGAGGGGAAAGCGAAGGAGAAGCAAGACGGGAAGAAGUCUGAUAAGUAG